UGUCGACUACUCUGGCCUGAGUGCGCUUUACGCGCGAUGCUGCGUUAGUGGAUUAACGCGCCUAAAAAGAUGGCCCCCUCGGAGCGAGCGGAGCAGCAGGCUCAGACUGGCCCUUUACAAAGGAAGGAGGAGGCUGAAUCCCCCAGAGAACAAUUGAUUUCAACAGCAGUGAAGUUUUUGCAAAACCAAAAAGUUCGUCAGAGCCCUGUUGCCACUAGGAAAGCAUUUCUAAAGAAAAAAGGUCUAACUGAUGAAGAGGUAGAGUUGGCACUUCAUCGUUCAGGAACAACUGCAGAUGAAGUACAUGGCUUGGCUUCAUCCAGCCAACAGCACCUACUCCACCCUCCUCAUGUGGCGCCAUUACAAUACAGUCCCCGGGAAUCUCGAUGGCGCAGCUAUGGUGCCUUAGCAAUUCUAAUGGCUGGAAUGGCCUUUGGAUUUCACCACCUUUACAAAAAAUACAUCCUUCCUCUCAUUAUGAGCAGCAGAGAGGACAAGAAACAUCUGCACAGGAUUGAGACCAACAUCUCUGAGAUGAGUGGCACCCUGACACAGACAGUAACACAGCUCCAGAUGACAUUGGCUUCAGUGCAAGAGCUUCUAAUUCAGCAGCAGCAGAAAAUCCAAGAGCUGUCUCAGGAGCUGGCAGCUUCCGAGCAGACCGCAUCAGCAACAAAUCGUAUGUUAGAAAGCCAGAGCAUCAGUGAACUGAAAGCAGAGAUUGUGUCACUGAAGGGGCUUCUAUUGAGCAGGAGGCAGUUCCCUUCUUCUCCUUCAACGUCGAAGAUCCCUUCUUGGCAAAUCCCGCUCAAGCCGGCCAGUCUGAUCAACUCACCAUCUGCCAAUCACAACAGCAGUAGCGACAUCUCGCCUGUCAGCAAUGAGUCCUCAUCCUCAUCCCCUGUCAAAGAAAAUCACAGCCCAGAAGGGUCAAAGGGAAGCACACAUGCCCUGAACAGCGACCUUGGUGUGGACGUCAACCUCAACCUGGACGUCAAGGACCAAGUGAGAAUGGAAGUGCAAGGGGAGGAGGAGAAAAAGGAUAAUGAUGAUGAAGAGGAGGAUGAAGAUGAUGAUGUAAGUCACGUGGAUGAAGAGGAGUGCCUCACGGUGCAGACAGAGGACCGACGGGGGGGUGAUGGACAAAUAAACGAACAGGUGGACAAACUGAGACGCCCAGAAGGGGCAAGCAAUGAGAAUGAGGUUGACUAGCCCACGCUUAUGACUGUUUUUGUGGUUUUUUUUCUUGUUUUUUUUUAUGUAGGGGUUUCGAUUUGCCUUUUUCUUCUCCCUCUCCCUCCACACAAAUUCACUGUGCUGUAAUAAUGAUAGCACAGCUCUCCAUGUAGCACUUGUGGUGCACAUAGCUCGGCUGACUACCUCCUGUGCGAAUGGAGAAGUGAGCAGAGCAUGUGAGAGGUGUGGCAGCAGGACCCCAUCUUGUGCCCUGCUGCAGCCGUCCACGGAAGGGGUGGAGGGGAACCAAAAAUGUCAGCUGUUAACUGGCAGCGCCAGGCUGCAACGUUCUACUCAGUUGUGCCACAGCACACCACUAGUAGAACUUUCAUUUAGUAAAUAUGAUUAACGGGGCAAUAGAGUUAAAAAUGAAAUUCACACUUCAAGAAUGUUGUUCAGCAACUGUAGAAAAGACCAAGGAAUAUUUGAUUAAUGAAAUGUUUGGCUAAACAUUUGGCACACCAAAUUCAAGUAAAUGCUAUGAAGUUCCUUUCGGUUAGUUUAAUCCCGCUGUCACCUGAGAUGUUGGUGUUCACGCAGCCAAGCAAAGUAGCAGGUUGCAUAUAGUGACUUAAAGUGCCGGUGGAAGGGCUUAUAACCCCCUCCAUUGUGGUGGGGUGGGCACAAGUCAUUCGUGUGUGUGGGAAUAUUUUUAAAUAUUGGGUACCCACACUGCUGAACAUGUGCACUUCACCUCCAUUCACAGAUAUGCUGUUCAGCUUUUAUGAUUAUUUGCAACCUGGUGGAUUUUCCUUGUGGAGCCCAAGGGAAUAUGGGAGCAUGGCUCUGAAAGAGACCCUCUAGUAGUGCACUUGUGCAGUAGUCAUGCAGAGGUCUAGCACCCCUUACGGGGGCAAUCAUCAGCCACUUUCCCACUGCCAUGUCAUUUUUUUAUUUUUUUUUUAACCACCAUGCUGUGCAGCCGUCACAGGAUUUUCUGUUCCGCUACUGAAGUGAGGGGGAAUUUGAAAAAAACAAAGAAAGAAACGGGCAUCUUUAGUUUCUUUCUCCUGUUUGGUUUUUAUGGCCUGGUCAAUAAUUCAGGAUCUAACCUGGAAGACACCUCAAAGAAGCCAAAAAAAAAAAAGGGACGCUGCUAAGUCGUAACACUUUGUCCUGAUUUGUCACCAGUGCAUGUUGGGGACAGCCAGAUCCUCGCCCACCUUCUUAAUCAAAGCACACAUCCUGUUAGCUGCCGGUGUCGUGAUUCUGUACAAGUGUCGGACAUCAAACUCGUGUACAUAAUUGGAAUAAAUCUGCUUUAACAUGA